AUGUCUGAACAUCUUGCCCAACUUCCAUUAAACGACAGAGUCGCCAGAUUACAUGAUCUUUCCAUUAAAAACUAUAGAUUAAGAAUUACUGAUGCAUUAAGAAAAAUUAUUAUUGAUACUCUUACUGAAGUUGACCCAGCUGUUAAUAUUCCUUCUGAAGCUGAUAUUAAUGAAGUUUUUGUUGUUUCUACCAAAGUAUUUGGUGAUUACAUGAAAGCCAACAAUAUUCCAGAACAAUUAUACUCAAGCACCGAUUAG